CUUCCACCUGCGUUAACGCGGCGACGUCUCACCUGUUCCCACCAUGAGUGCUCUCCUUCCUCGGAUAGAGCAGCUGUCCGCCAGAGUGGUCCGGGUUCUGGGCUGCAACCCGGGCCCGAUGACCCUGCAGGGGACCAACACGUACCUGGUCGGCACCGGGCCCAGACGGGUGCUGAUAGACACAGGAGAACCAGCUGUUCCUGAAUACAUCAGCAGUCUGAAACAGGCGCUCAGUCAGUUCAACACCAGCAUCCAGGAGAUCGUCGUCACUCACUGGCAUCACGACCACACGGGCGGCGUGGAGGACGUCUGCAGAGACAUCGCUGGUUCUGAGGUCCGAGUCAGCAAACUGCCUCGCUCCAACCAAGUCAGAGAAACAGCCGGAAACAAAAGCUACACGUAUCUAAAAGAUGGAGAUGUCGUCCAGACGGAGGGAGCCACACUCAAAGUGCUGUUCACCCCGGGCCACACCGAUGACCACAUGGCUCUGCUGCUGGAGGAGGAUCAGGUGCUCUUCUCCGGAGACUGCAUCCUGGGCGAAGGCACGGCCGUGUUCGAGGAUCUCCACGACUACAUGAAGUCUCUGCAGAUCCUGCUGGACUCCAAGGCUGACGUCAUCUACCCUGGUCACGGGCCUGUGGUUCUGGAUGCGGCCUCUAAGAUCAGAUACUACAUCAGCCACCGGGAGCAAAGGGAGCAGCAGAUCCUGGCAGCCAUUCAGGACGGAGCAGGAAAGCCUUUCACCUCGAUGGAGCUCGUCAAGAUCGUCUAUAAGGAAACUCCUGAAUACCUGCACCAGGCGGCAAACGUGAACCUGGUUCAUCACCUAAAGAAACUGGAGAAAGACGGCAAGAUCAGCCUGGUGAAUGAAACUUCACCAAACACCAAAUGGAGGAGCAACCUGUGACGUCCACAGAGAACGUGAAGAAAAACACUCUUAAUGACCAUUCAGCAAAGGAUGAUGGAAGCCCAUGUAGUGAUCCCCUUUAACCAUAAUGUUUAUGGUUCAAUUCAUUGCAUCUGUUGAUGAUGAUGGUUCACACUUGCUGCCUUGGAGGUUCCCUUUAGCUUCUCAGACAUCACUUUUGUAGACGUCAAACAAAUCUUGCCGCCUUUGUUUUAUUUAGCAGCAGAUAACUAAGACUGAACUUCACCAAACCAUCUAGAACAAAAUCCUAAAAAGCUAAUUGAUUAGUUAAAAGGCCAUUUUAUUAGGUGGAGUUUGGUC